AUGUCAUCCGAUAGCGGAAAGGAAAUUCAAACCAUACUUGAUGAAUUAACUCAAGUAAAGGGCAGUGUCACACAAUUUGUUGCUCAGCUCAAUACCAUUAUUUCAAGAGCACCCACCAGGGAGGAUUGGAACAAGCUUAACGAGAUUGCUUAUGAAGGAGAAAAAUCGAACGAAUCACCAAUGACUCUUAAUCGAAUAAACCAAGCAAUAGAAUGGCCAACCAGUGCUAUUGCUAUCCGAUUGAAAGAGCUAUUCGAGGAUGGUAAAUUGCCGUUGAUGACUGCUUUAACAAGAGUAUGUGUCAAGACUGGUGCCGACCCCAAGGCAUGUAAUUUUAUAUUAGACUACAAUCCCAAAGUUGAUCCCAAAAAUGAAAUGACAUCUAGUAGUCACCAAAAAAAUUCCAAACGCAUAAAAAAUAACUCCGAAUCGUAUCCGCCAAUAUUGCCAACACUUAGAUCCAAGUCAUUGGCCAUCCGAGCUGCAACAGAUAAGAGUUAUAGACGUAUUGAAGAUUUAUUGGCCUCUACAACUAAUGAUUUCCAAAAGAGCCAUAACGGAAGAUUGGCAUCAAAAGGUAGGGCAAUUUUGAAUCUUUGUUUAGUUGAAAUUUUAGAGCCUUAUGCUGGUUUGUCGGACGAAGAUAUUGAUUUGAUAACUCACAGAUUAUUGUCGAACAGAAUUUUAGCAAAAUUUGCUUUCGGGUAUAAUUUAGUGGACGGCUCAAAGUAUAACUUGUCAGUCGAUGCCGAUUUUGAAGAAAAGAUAGAAGUCAUUGGAAAUCUUUUUUUGGCACAUAUUGGUAGUUUGAGAGAGGAGAACUAUGAUUUGGAAGAUUUGAAGAGAUUUGUAAGGCUGUUAUACGAUACCGUAAUUACUGAGUAUAUCGAGAAAAAUGAUCCAUUAGCAAAAGCUUCGUUGAUGGAGUUGGAUUUAUUGUUCAAAAGUAUCACUAAUUUGAAGUAUGCUCCUCACCACAACUUUCAGUAUGAAAUUCGCGAAACAAAUGACGAUCCUCAUGUGGUAAAGAUUUUGGUUGAUGGGGUUGAAUUGGGGUCAGGUGUUUCGUCUGCAAGUUUGGAAGCUGCCAAAUAUAGGGCCGCCAAUGAUGUCUUUGAUGGAUCUGGCAAUGGUAUUCGCAAAAUUUGGGAGGUUUUGGUUGCAAAUGUGCAAGAACACAAUGCUCAAGCCAAUAAUGGAGCAACCCCAGUACCGUUAUUGACAAACGGUCCAAUGGGGUAUGUAACAGGUGUUCCUGCCCCAUUAGGCUAUUUACCAAAUGCAAAUGCAGUUGUGCCUCCGCCCCUGAUUUCUGCUCCAGUUCCAAUACCCCAAGCUCAACUUGCUAUUAAAAAUUCUACUGUUUCUAAUGAGAUUGGUGCAAUUACAAAUUCACCUCAUAAUCAACAACAGCCACCAACACAAUCACAACCACCACCACAGCAGCAAAUAAACCCACAACUUCAAUCACCACAAGCACAGGAACAGCAACCACAACCACGUGCAUCAGCCGGAUCGAACUCACCUAUGAAUCCAUACCAACAGGUUACAAGUCAACAUCCUUCUGCCCAUCCGACUCCUGUGAUUGGGCAACAACAGAUGACUGUCUCACAACAACCUCAACAGUAUGUCCAAUAUCAACAGCAACCUUACCAAAUAUACCCACAUGCAACUCCGCAAGCACCUUAUGGCCAACAGUCUAUGGUACAGGCACCACCCCAACAUAUUUACCAGCAACAAAAUACUACAAUGGCACAUACACCUGUACAAGCAGUAGUACCGAUGGGACAACAAGGUAUGCGCCAUGGUAAACUUGAAGGCGCAUACUAUGAUCUGAAUAACAUUCUCACACUUCCUUUAGAGAUUCCUGGUAAUAACUCAGCAUUGAGCACUUUGAAUACAAUGAUAAGUCAAGCAAAGAUCAUGCCACCAGAAUAUAAUGUACACGAAUUGACUCCAUUAUCACAGGACAGAAAAUUAUUCUAUGCUACUGUACAAAUUGGAGAUGUUUAUCUAGGAGCUGGCUAUGGAUCAACCAAAAAGGAAGCUCGUCAUAAAGCAGCUAUGUGUGCUUUAAAUAAUCCCGAAAAGUGUCUUCAAGUUGGAUUAACUUUACCUCUGACAUUGUGA